AUGAGAAUAGCAUACAUUGAAAACUGGACUGAUGGGGACACAGCACAUCACAUUGCACUCUGUAUGAAAGAGAACCACCCUGAGCAAUAUCAAACUGCAGAAGAGAUGUUUGAGCACCUCAAGUCAAUAUAUGAGGAUGCUAACAAGCUGCAAAAUGCCAAGGGUGAUUAUCACAAGCUGAUUAUGUGCAAUGAGGAUAAUUAUCAUGAAUUUGUCACAAAAUUUUUACAUCUGGCAGGGGAGGUCAAGAUUGCCAGAGGGGACUACAAGACAGACUUCAAUGACAAGCUGUCCUUUGACCUUCAGAAGAUGGUAGCAGUAGCCAAUGUGAUCACUGAUACAUAUGCUGAGUUUCAGAAAAUCUGUGUGCAGACAGCUCACACCCUUCAGACAAUCAAUGCCACCCAGAAAUCAAAGAGCUCAUGGGGAAAUGGGUCUAAUAUCUUCAAACAGAACACUCUGUGGACUGUCAACAGUCAAACACCCCUCAGCAUCUCUACAACAAAAUCCUCUACUGUGAAGGAGGCCUUGAGCUCUCAUUCAGAUAUUCAGUGCUACUACUGUAAGGAAAAAGGCCACAUUGCCAGAAACUGCCCUGCAAAGCAGAAGUUCCAGCAGAUGAUUGCUGAGCUCACAGAGAAUGAUGCCUCUGAGUCUUCAGCAGAUUCAGGAAAAGAGAAGUUUCAAGAACUCCCAUUCAAAUGCCGCAUGAAGGGAUACAAUGGUGCCCCCGGCAGGGUGAUAGACCACACAUUGACCCUAAACCUCUGGGUGGAUGGCCGGAGAUUUCAGAAUGUCCCUCUGCUGGUAACAGACCUAGGCCAGCACCCUGUCAUCCUGGGACAGAAGUGGUUGGCAGCACAGGAUAUAUGGCUUGAUGUUAAAAACCAAUUACUGAAGUGUCCAGACCCCAAGCCUGAGCAUCAGGCAGAUGUGGAACAAAGAGAGAUCAAGCUGGAUGAGGAGAUCAGACAGGAGCAUCAGGCUCAGCUCCACAGAUUGAAAGGGACCAGCUCAGUCAUGAUGCCUGAGAUGAGGCAGGGGCUGACCUGGGAGGAGACAGCACCACAGAUGAUGGAUAUGAACUUCAUUGAGGCUGCUUCCUUCCAUGAUUAUAUGAAGAACAAGAAGUCAACAGUCUUCAUAACCAGUCUGUAUGAAAUUGAUAAACAGCUUGAGGAGAAGCAGGGUUUAAAGAAUGUUGAUUUUAAAAUAGAGCUUCAGCCUGAUGUUGACCUCACCCAGGGCAUUGGACAUGCGCCUCUAUAUAAGAUGAAUCUAGAGGAACUAGAGGCAGUGAAGACCUACCUUGAAGCCAACCUAGCAAAGGGUUUCAUCACCCCAAGUUCAGCCCCCUACGCCUCCUCAAUCCUGAUUGCCUGUAGUGGGAAGAAGCUACAAUUCUGUGUUGACUUUCACAAGCUGAAUGCUAUAAUCAAAUGA